GUCCAGAAAUAGACCACGAGGGUCCAUCCUGCGCGAGGCUUAGCCGGGAAAACCAAGUGUAGGGACCCGAUGAUCAGUUUGCCGCCGAUCACCGAGACGAGGGACGCAGACUCGGCCGCGCCGUUGCCAGCAGACAAGUCGCCCAUGAGCCCACGAAAGACCUCGGCAGUCCAAAGUUUCACGAGAAAUCCACGAAAAGGCACAACAAAGGUCCGGUCGAUGUCGAUUGCACCGAACGACAUGGAAAGGGCUUUGACAAAGCUCGGCGUGUCGGAAGAGACGCUGCGGAUCGAAAAGCUGAUGAAGAAACUCGGCGUGUGCGACCAUGACCUCGAGAAAUACAACGACCUGCAGCGGCACUCGGCUGUACUUGACAACACGGACGAGAAGCUGACGAAGGAGGAACUCAUGUGUGGGUACUCGAAAAAGCAAAUCCUGCGGGCGAAAGCCGUGCGAAGUCUCGGGACGUCGGAAGAGGAGAUUCUAGACAAUCAUGCCCAAAGAGUGUCGGAGCUGGGGGCGCAGGUCGUCCCCCCCAAAGGGUCGCUGCGCAGUGUGUCGCCGCGACGAAGGAGCAUCAUGGUGAUGCUGCCAACCAAGUGGACGACGCCACAGUAAUCUAACGUUUUGUCAAGAUUGAGUUCGAGCAGUUUUCGACCAUCGGAUGGGCGUUGAGCUCAGGCAAUUCAUCUCUUGUACCCUCAUGAUGCCAUCGCAAACUACCACGUGCACAAAAUUGAUUCAGAGCCAUUUCACCACGCUGGCUUUGAUUGAUGCCGUUACUUGGUCUGUGCUGCCACCCACGCUUCAAUUUUAGCCUUGAGCGCCGAGUUUGGGACCAACUGAUCUAUGGACAACGGCGCUCGCGUGAAC